GGGCACGUCGAUUGAAAGCCCGGAAGGAGGAGAGGGGACUGUCCGGGCCCAAGCGCGCGGCCCCGCCCUCGCCCCAGAAGUGCCAGAGGUUCAGCCCUCCCCGCCCUCCCGCUUCUCCCGGCUGAGCACCGACGGCAGGGCGAAGUUUGGGGCGAAGUUUGGGCGACGAGCCUCGCCGAGGUGGAACAGGCUGAUAGCACCAAGGAAGUUGACGUGGAGCCGGGUGUUCGGCUGUCUGUCUGUCCACCAAUCCCCAGACUGAGGCUGGACUCCAAAGCAUCUGUGCAGGGGCGGUAAGACCCAGAACAUGCUCUAGGUGCCUUCCCACAAGCCCAGGAAGCCGCAGGCUGAGCCCAGAUUGAAGCCUUUUGUCCACCAUGGCCUCAGCUGACAAGAAUGGCGGGAGUCUCUCCUCUGUGUCCAGCAGCCGCCUGCAGAGCCGGAAGCCGCCCAACCUGUCCAUCACUAUCCCACCGCCUGAAGCCCAGGCCCCCAGCAAGCAGGACAAGACGAUCCCCCAGAGGCCCAAGAACCCCACCUACAUGAAGAGCGUCAGCCUCCAGGAGCCACAGGGACGGUGGCAAGAUGGUGCAGAGAAGCGCCCUGGCUUCCGCCGCCAGGCCUCCCUGUCCCAGAGCAUCCGCAAGGGCACGGCCCAGUGGUUCGGGGUCAGCGGCGAUUGGGAGGGCAAGCGGCAGAACUGGCAGCGCCGCAGCCUGCACCACUGCAGCAUGCGCUACGGCCGACUCAAGGCCACAUGCCAGAGGGACCUGGAGCUGCCCAGCCAGGAGGGGCUGUCCUUCCAGGGCAUUGAGUCUCCAAAGCCUUGCAAGAUGCCUAAGAUUGUGGAUCCGCUGGCCCGAGGCCGGGCCUUCCGCCACCCAGACGAGGUAGACCGGCCCCACGCCCCCCACCCGCCACUGACCCCUGGGGUCUUGUCCCUCACCUCCUUCACCAGCGUCCGCUCCGGCUACCUGCCCCGCCGCAAGAGGAUGUCCGUGGCCCACAUGAGCUUCCAGGCUGCUGCCGCCUUCCUCAAGGGGCGCUCAGUGCUGGAUGUGACUGGACAGCGGUGCCCCGUGAUCAAACGCAGCUUUGCCUACCCCAGCUUCCUGGAGGAGGACGUGGUCGAUGGAGCAGACACCUUUGACUCCUCCUUUUUUAGUAAGGAAGAAAUGAGCUCCAUGCCUGAUGACGUGUUUGAGUCUCCCCCACUCUCCGCCAGCUAUUUCCGAGCGAUCCCACAUUCAGCCUCCCCAGUCUCCCCUGAAGGGGUGCAGAUCCCUCUGAAGGAGUGUGGCCACACCCCCGUCCCAGGGACCCGGCGCGGCAAGCGCAUUGCCUCCACUGUGAAGCACUUUGCCUUCGACCGGAAGAAGCGGCAUUACGGCCUGGGUGUGGUGGGCAACUGGCUGAACCGCAGCUACCGCCGCAGCAUCAGCAGCACAGUGCAGCGGCAGCUGGAGAGCUUCGACAGCCACCGGCCCUACUUCACCUACUGGCUGACCUUCGUCCACAUCAUCAUCAUGCUGCUGGUGAUUUGCACGUAUGGCAUUGCGCCUGUGGGCUUUGCACAGCACCACACCACCCAGCUGGUGCUGAGGAACAAAGGUGUAUACGAGAGCGUGAAGUACAUCCAGCAGGAGAACUUCUGGAUCGGCCCCAGCUCAAUUGACCUGAUUCACUUGGGGGCCAAAUUCUCCCCCUGUAUCCGGAAGGACCGCCAGACUGAGCAGCUGGUGCGGCGGGUGCGAGACCUGGAGCGAGACUCAGGCUGCUGUGUACAGAAUGACCACUCAGGCUGCAUCCAGACGCAGAGGAAAGACUGCUCGGAGACUUUGGCUACUUUUGUCAAGUGGCAGGAUGACACCGGGCCCCCCAUGGACAAGUCUGAUCUUGGACAGAGGCGGACGUCCGGGGCUGUGUGCAACCAGGACCCCAGGACCUGCGAGGAGCCAGCCUCUAGUGGUGCCCACAUCUGGCCUGACGACAUCACCAAGUGGCCGAUCUGCACAGAGCAGGCCAGGAGCAACCACACAGGUUUCUUGCACAUGGACUGCACGAUCAAGGGUCGCCCCUGCUGCAUUGGCACCAAGGGCAGCUGUGAGAUCACCACUCGGGAGUACUGUGAGUUCAUGCACGGCUAUUUCCAUGAAGAGGCAACACUCUGUUCGCAGGUGCACUGCUUGGACAAGGUGUGUGGGCUGCUGCCCUUCCUCAACCCUGAGGUCCCAGAUCAGUUCUACAGGCUCUGGCUGUCUCUGUUCCUACAUGCUGGCUUGGUGCACUGCCUCGUGUCUGUGGUCUUCCAAAUGACCAUCCUGCGGGACCUGGAGAAGCUGGCUGGCUGGCACCGCAUCGCUAUCAUCUUCAUCCUCAGUGGCAUCACAGGCAACCUUGCCAGCGCCAUCUUCCUCCCGUACCGGCCAGAGGUGGGCCCAGCAGGGUCACAUUUUGGCCUCCUCGCCUGCCUCUUCGUGGAGCUCUUCCAGAGCUGGCAGCUGCUGGAGCGGCCCUGGAAGGCCUUUUUCAACCUGUCGGCCAUCGUGCUCUUCCUGUUUGUCUGUGGCCUCUUACCCUGGAUCGACAACAUCGCCCAUAUCUUCGGCUUCCUCAGCGGCAUGCUGCUGGCCUUCGCCUUCCUGCCCUACAUCACCUUCGGCACCAGCGACAAGUACCGCAAGCGCGCGCUCAUCCUGGUGUCGCUGCUGGUCUUUGCUGGCCUCUUUGCCGCCCUGGUCCUCUGGCUCUACAUCUACCCCAUCAACUGGCCCUGGAUGGAGGACCUCACCUGCUUUCCCUUCACCAGCCACUUCUGCGAGAAGUACAAGCUAGACCAGGUGCAGCACUGACCCCCGACCCACAGGCACAGAUGUCGCAGGGAUUGCGCCCGCAGCGGGCUGCUGCGUCUGCCAGACUCUGGGACUGGCACUGGGCCCAGGCACUCGCCCAGUAAGGCAGGCUGAGUCUGUGUAGGAAAGCCAGUAAAGGCAGAUUUUGGGGUAUGGGCCCCCCCUUUCUCAGGCCUGAGUGUUCCUGGCCCAGCUUGGGGACACCCAGGAUGCCUGCUUCUCUGAGGUUCUGUUCCAGCACUGCCACACACCUGCAGGGACCCUUCUGGGGACUGUCUCUUUUCUUCCCAGGGCCCAGGGCCGCUGCAUCUGCUCACCAGCAGAUGUCACUGUCACUGUGAGCAAGCCCUUGCCAGACACAUGGCUGCUCCCUCUGUUGCCCCAGGACUAGCAUCACCACUGUGGUCCCCUCCCUGUUCUCUCCUGUGAGCAUACCUGCUUCAUCUGUGGCCUGGUGAGCCUUCUCCCAAGCCUCCGGGACAGGGCAUUCUGGGAGAGGCUGCGGCCUUGGUCCAGGCACGGAGACAAAGCAAGGAGACAACAGACAGGGACAUUAGGAGCCUUUGCUUGUUUUAGCAGCAGAGGCUGGGUCCUCAACUCGCCCUCAGUCUCCUUGACUCAGUAUUCUGUCCCUGACACCAGGUGGUCUCCACCUCCUUUGCCUCACUUGUGCUGCAGUGAGGGACACAGGGCUGAGGACCCGCUCUCAGGGGAUGCCUGAGGCUCAGUUGUGCUUGGGUCUGGCUUUUUGUUUGUUUGUUUGUUUGUUUUGUUUUUUACUAGUUUAUAUUAUGGUCCUAAUUUUUAAAAGUAACGCUAACUUUGUAUGGAUGAUGUCUCAAAUGUAUUAAAUGAUAUUCUUUGUGAAAUA